AGCCACUCGACCUGCAGCUAGCCGCCAUGACCAGCCAGUCCCAGGGGAUUCACCAGCUCCUUCAGGCAGAGAAAAGAGCCAAGGACAAGCUCGAGGAAGCAAAGAAGAGAAAAGUGAAGCGAAUAAAGCAAGCUAAGGAUGAGGCGAUGGUGGAAAUCGACCAAUACAGGAUGCAGAGAGAUAAGGAGUUUCGAAUGAAACAAUCUAAGAUAAUGGGCUCUCAGAGCAACCUGUCAGAAGACAUAGAAGAGCAGACCCUGGAGAAGAUCAAAGAACUGCACGGAAGCUACAACAAGUACAUGGAAAGUGUAUUAACACAAGUUUUGAACAUGGUCUGUGACGUGAAACCAGAAAUCCACAUGAACUACAGAGCCACCAACUAAAUGUGCCCCUAUUGCUCCAUAAAGGGUGUGUGCGUACCACUUGACUGCUUGUGGCUUCAUGUUUCCAUUGAGAAAUUUGAAAGGUAAAUCCUACAUUUACUAGACAUCUACAGAUUGCCGUGUGACAUAAUUCACACAUUAGCACUGAAUUUAGAAGCAAACAAAUAAAAAGUCGUUACCUCUUUUCUGGUAACAGGUUAAAUGACCUUGUCAUUUAAUUUGAAGUCAGGAAAGCAGAGUCACAUAUUUUCUGACACUUGACAAAAACUUG